AUGCCUAUUGACUACAGCCGAUUUGACGCGAUCGAGGUCAGCGACGAUUCCGACAUUGAAGUCCACCCCAACGUGGACAAGCGGUCUUUCAUUCGAGCGAAGCAAAACCAGAUUCACCAGGAGCGUCAGCAGAGGAAGAACCGCAUCGCAGCACUCAAGUAUGAGAAAAUCAUCAACAGUGCCCUGCUGGGCAGGAUAAUAUCUCUCUUGGACUCGCUCAAGUCCCACGCUUCCGAGGCUGCGACUGGAAACCAGGCCGAGAUCGCUUUCAAGGCCGUCAUGUCUACCGCUGGGGACCCGAAGGACGACCAGCCGCCUCCACGACCGGAGGGGGUCUUUAGCGACGACCAGCCGCUCCCUUCGUACUCGAAGAUGCUGAUGCAGCUGCUGGACCAAGUGAACAAGGCCCUCGAGGAGAAGAAGCCCGAUGAUCGGUAUACGGCGAUGAUGGACGAGAUUCAAGAGCACGUGGACAAGAUUAAGGAGCUGCAGAAGGAACAGGCCAAGGAGCUGGAGAAUCUUGAGAAGGAAGAAGGGAAGAAGAUUACGAGCGAUAACAUCCAUGAUGGAUUCAACAGUUCGUAUGUGAACAAGUCAGGGCCGUCGGAGAAGAAGGAGGAUACCAAGGUGGAACUUCUGAACCCCAACUUUUCCACCUCUGCAUCGGCAUCGGCAUCGGGAGCGUCUUCAUCAGACAAGGUUGCGGUGGAUGACGAUGACGAAGUGGAAGCAUCACCAACUGCCAAGAAGUUUUCAGAGAUCAGUGUCAACGAUUACCAAGCUAGUUUGAAGUUCCUGGCUCAGCACCCAGAGAUCUUGACGGAAAAAGAGACGGAUGGACUGCUUGUGCUUGCGUUUGACGCAGCCUUGGAGCGCAAAGACGAUCUGUCCCGUCAGUGCGUUCACCAGGCGCUAUUGCUACAGUACUGCCGCGCUCUGGGCAAGGAUGGCGUUGCGCUCUUCUUCAAACGAAUCACGACCAAAGGACAUCAAGCGCAAGAUGUCUUUUACAAGGAUGUUCAGGAGACGUACAUGAGAAUCAAGAACAGGUCGGCCGAAAUCAUCGCCGAGCGGGCCAAGGAGCCGACAGAGGUUGAGCAGAUCCAACUACAUGCCAUGGAGCCUGCUCGGAAAAUCUUUGAUAGCUUUGCUCCCGAUAUGAAGAAGGCACUAGAGUCAGGGGAACUGGACCAGGUCAAUAAAGUGCUGGGCAAUAUGAAGGUCGAGGACGCGGAGGAGCUGGUGGGUCUCUUUGGUGAGGCAAAUAUCUUAAGUCUCGAAGACGAGCUGAUCGAUGCCACGACUGAAGAAGGACAGCAGCAGCUUAGAGAGAUGGAAGCCGCAGCGGCAGCUGAGAGAGAAGCUGAGAAGGAAGCUGAGAGAGAGGUGGUGGGCGAUCCUGAGUGA